AUGAACAUUUAUUAACCAAAUCAAUCAGUACUUAACACUGCUUUUAUAUCAUAAGCUAUUUUAACUGAAUAAAAGAUUAUCUUUUUAAGGUAGUCCUUAAAUAAGGCCUAAAGAGAUGUAAUAUUAUAUUUAAUAACAUUUAGCUAAAUGAUGAAAGAUUUCAACAAAACCAUUUGUAGUCUAAAAGAGAGGAUUUGAUUUCAAAUCAUCAAAAAAAUCAUAGGAAACUUUUGAAAUAAGUAGAUGAAUAACAAUAAUUGAUAAAAAAAACUCAAUCUUAUAUAUGA